AUGUGGGACAGUCAGGGACAAUUGAUCACUGGACAUUUGGUCCAUGGACAUUUGAUCACUGGACAUUUGAUCAUUGGUACAUUUGAUCAUUGGCAUUUGAUCAUUGGUAUAUUUGAUCAUUGGACAUUUGGUCCAUGGACAUUUGAUCACUGGACAAUUGAUCAUUAGGACAAUUGAUCACUGGACAAUUGAUCACUGGGACAAUUGAUCACUGGACAUUUGAUCAUUGAGACAAUUGAUCACUGGACAAUUGAUCAUUGGACAAUUGAUCAUUGGACAUUUGGUUCAGGAAGAGGGGGGGGUAAUUCAAAGGU